AUGAUGCGUAUUCGUUUAUGUGCCAUGGAAGCUUGUCGUCGAGCAUGCGCCGCACGGGGUGCUUCCAGAGGUGCUGCUGGUAUCACCGGAGGACGGCUUGUGGUUGAAAGCCUAGUGGCUGCCGAUGUCCGCAAAGUCUUCGGCAUUCCAGCCACACACCUGGCUUCCAUCUACCGCGUGCUGGAGGGUCGGAAAGACAUCCAGCAUGUAACUAUGCGUCACGAGCAAGCUUGCGGUUUCGCCGCAGACGGCCACGCCCGGGCAACAGGAGAUCUGGCCGUGGCUAUGGCAACGACGGGCGUGGGCUUCACCAAUGUGGUCACUCCAAUGGCCGUUGCCCUGGCAGACUCCGUUCCCAUGCUCGUUGUAACUACAGAGGUGCCUCGGUUUUGGGCUGAGCGGCCUGGACGCCAGUUUAGCCAUUUCGUUCCACAUGUCAGCAAGAUUGCGGCGUCGGUUGCAAAAGAGUGCUUUGAAAUUGGCAGUGUGGAUGAAAUCGAGACGGCCGUCUCCUCGGCAGCGUCAUUGGCGAGAUCUGGCCGUCCUGGUCCCGUCCACAUCAACAUCCCAGUUGACAUUCUGAACUCAGUCACUGGAGGGAAAGACACUUCGGCUACAACGCAGCAGUUCCCAUCGGAAGCGUCCUUGGAUCAGAGGGCGCAGGCCACAUUGAAGAGCUUUGCUAGCGACCUUGCUUUGUGUGAGCGACCGCUGAUCCUUGCUGGCGGUGGCUCGGUCCACGCGUCUUCUCAGCUUCUUGAGUUUGCCACGGCUUUAGGUGCCCCAGUCCUAACAACAGUCGCGGGCAAAGGUUGCAUUGAUGAGCGCCAUGGUUUAGCAGUUGGUGCUCGACUGCACCUGCCUGCAGCAAGAGACUAUCUGCUAGAUCGUGCGGACGCCUUGAUCUUCCUUGGCACUCAGAUCUCGCCCACCGACUUCUGGCAUUACACCUACGCCGUGGAUGUGCCCCUGGGGCUCGAGCGCUUCGGCUCUAGGGCCUUACACAUGGAUCUGGACAGGGCCAGUCUUGAUCAGGGCGGAGUUGGCGCUGCUGGCAGAGUCGUGCAGGCCGACGUGGCCGCUGCCUGCAAGUUCUUGGAAGGGCAGCUGGAACGUCAGAGAGAUAGCUGGAAGGGGCAACCGGAGGAAGCAGCUGCCCAUGCCAAGCAGCUGAGCGACGACAGCGAAACCAUGACAAAGGCCUUGUCCUUGGACUUCCUCCAGGCGACCCCAAUGAGCCCCGGGCGGCUGAUGUGCCGCACCCUGGACAAGCUGCGCUGCAAGCUGCCUCUCAAGGUGCCACUCUUCGCGGACGUUUGCCGUCUUGGGUAUACAGCUCUGUCAUUUUAUCCCGCCUAUAGGCCUCGUUCUUUUCUCUAUCCUGUUGGCACGACCUGCUUGGGCUAUGCACUUCCGGCAGCCAUCGGGGCAGCCAUAGCAGAACGGGGCUUGCCUGUGGCAGUGCUUGUUGGUGAUGGUGGCUUGCAAUUCAACAUUCAGGAACUGGCCGUAGCUGCCGAAGAGCAUUUGCCAAUCUUGACCAUCUUGUGGAAUGAUAGUGGCUACGGAGAGAUACGCAGCGUUUCCGGCGAGUUCGGCACGAGUUGGGCUUCGCCCAACUUUGCGCAGAUUUGUGCAGGCUACGGCAUAAAGCAUGUUCUGGUAACGGACAUGACGUCUCUGGACGAGGCCUUCGAAUCUUCGGAAGUUACAGCGGUGCUAAGGGGAGAUGGGGGCCCCGUCCUGCUGGAGGUGGCGUGCCCUCCGGAGGCCAAGGCAACAGUCCAAGGACGGGUCUCUUCUCGCAGAGAGGUGCCGAAGUUCAUCUUGGGCACCAUGACGUUAGGUUGGGACAAGGCAUCGUCUUUCGUGGACGAGGCUGUUGCGGCUCAGAUGAUCAACUACUUUCUGGCAGAAGGACAUCAUGAGAUUGACACAGCUCGCAUGUAUUCUGAAGGCCGUGCCGAGCAAAUGCUUGCGGGUUGCGUUGCGCAGCUGCCUCAUGAUCUUCGACGCAAGGUGCUGUUGGCCACCAAGGCAAACCCAGCGGCUGAAGCUGGAGACUUUGCUAUCAUGGGUGGGUUCCAAGAUCCAAUGCUGUCGUCGCAGUUUACCCGCAGCCUGGAUGCUCUCAGCACAGACAACGUGGAUCUGUUUUACUUGCACUGGCCCGAUAGCACAGCCUCCAUGGAAGAGACCCUGCAGCAAGUACAGCGAGCCUACGUGGAGGGCAAGUUUACUCGCUUUGGUAUUUCCAACUAUUGGCCAUCGGAGGUAUCUAGAAUACAUCAGCACAUGAAGGACCGGAAUUGGAUACUGCCCACUGUUUACCAAGGCAUGUACAAUGCUCUGACCCGGAAUGUCGAGAAGGAACUCUUCCCACUGCUGCGCGACUUGGGAAUGAGCUUCUAUGCGUUUAAUCCCUUGGCUGGCGGCCUCCUUACAGGCAAGCAUUCGCUGGAGAAGCCUGCUUCCCGCGGCAGGUUUCACCAAAAUGACGACUAUCAGAAGAGAUACUGGAAGCAAGAGUAUUUCGAGGCCAUGAAAAUCGUCACGGCGCAGACAGAGGCUGCUGGCAUCCCCAUGUCAGAGGCAGCGCUUCGGUGGUUAAUUCACCAUUCCAUGCUGCGAGGUGAAUUCGGCGAUGGGCUGAUAAUUGGUUGCUCAUCGUUAAGCCAGCUCAAAGAGAAUCUUUCAGUCUCUGGAUCCGAGCCUCUCCCUGCCAGAGUUGCAACAGCAUGGGAAGAUGCUUGGGAGUGUGUUAAGCCAGUCUGCCCGCCAUUUUCUCCGCAGAUGCGUUGA